GCUCUACUCGUUUGGAUUUGAUCCGCGGUGCCGCGGUGCAUGCUGGGCUGGAGGCGGACAGCUGUCUUCAGUUCGUGGAGGACCGACGUCAGUGUUUGUGCUGGUCCGGGGAAGAUGGCGGAGGCUGCGGCUGUUCCACCGCAUCGGUUUUUCUGUCACUGUUGUAAGGGAGAAGUGAACCCUAAACUCCCGGAGUAUAUCUGUCCGAGAUGUGACUCAGGAUUCAUAGAGGAAGUAACAGAAGAUUCCAGUCUCCUAGAGGGUGUCGCUAACGGGAUAGAUGACGCAGCCACACAAUUUGCAGAGGUAGAAGCUGACUUGACGGAUUUCGGAGAGAAUUGGCUAUGGCACCUGUUGUUACUGGAGCGGCCAUUUACAGCAGACAACGACACACCUGACUCAGAACCUCGGCUCCCCGGAGGGCGCUUGGGGGGUCUCAGUGACCUGGGGGGUUUGGGAGGGGGACCAAUCGGAGGGUCAGUCCCAGCAGGCCUAGGGGGACCUAUGGGGGGUCUACUAGGAGCCGGGGAUCACUGGGGACCAGGACGUCCCCCUCGCCUGCACAGCCAGAGGAGAUACCGGUCCAGAGGCAGCAGUAGACCAGACCGCUCGCCUGCUGUUGAGGGGAUUGUACAACAGUUCCUCGCCGGCCUCUUUGCCAACUCUGGGGUCCCUGGCUCACCCCCACUCUCAUGGACAGGGAUGCUGCACUCUAACCCGGGGGAUUACGCCUGGGGACAGGGAGGGUUAGACGCCGUUAUAACACAGUUACUAGGUCAGUUGGAGAACACAGGACCUCCUCCAGCAGAGAAAGAGAAGAUCUCUUCUCUCCCAACUGUCAAUAUCUCUCAGGAACAAGCAGACUGCUGUAUGGAAUGUCCAGUGUGCAAAGAGGACUUCGCAGUGGGAGAGCCAGUCAGACAGCUACCCUGUAACCACUUCUUUCAUUCAGACUGUAUAGUACCAUGGCUGGAAAUGCAUGACACAUGUCCAGUGUGUAGGAAGAGUUUGAACGGAGAAGACAGCAGCAGCCAGCCCCCAUCAGAGUCCCCCACCCUCUCCAUGGACCCCCGCACACAGGAGAGAUGGUCCUUCUGAGACGCCCACCUGUCUCAUCCCUCGGUUCUCCUCGCCUACAUCCAACAACACACCGAGAAGACAAAGCGCUUAUCACUUUCCUCUCUGUUGCCGUCUUAAUCAUCUCAGUCUGAUAUUUUUUGUACUUUCAUUUUCUAUUUUAACGCCUUUCUCCUCAACCUACCAUACAGAUACCCGUACAGACGUCUUAACAGUCAGUUGAGGUCUGGGAGAUCUCUUCUUUUUUUUUUUUGCCUCAUAAAAACCAGCCUAGAUUGAUGAUGAUCAAGCCUAUGUCUUCUCUACUUCCACCUCGAAUGCAAACGCCAUCCGUCUUGAAAUGCACUGCUGCAAUACACUAUUGUGGGGAAAUUCCAGACUUUAUAUCACACCAUGCCCUCUUUACUCAUCAGAAAAUUAGCUAAAUCCUGCAACUGAGCCCUAUACGGCAGAUGGGAAUACUGUAGGGGUUACCUUCGCUCGUUCAGCAUUUACAGGGCCUGGACUCAACAUGAACACCUAUCGCCCUGCAAUAAAUGUUAUGUUUAUGAAGGGUAUAAUGAUACAUUUUUGUUGAGAUGAUCUUGAUUGAACUCUUGUUAUUUAUUCUGGCGGUGUUUUAUUGGAUUGCAUUGUAAAAGGUGUUCAUGUUAUUGUGUCCACUCUCUGUAGUGUACUUCAAUAAACACUUUUUUAGGAAUCAUGUUGAGUCGCUGCUGUUUCACGGCCCCAAAUGGAAGCUGACAUCGAAUGAAAGCAAGUGAUUCCUUACACCUUUCGGGGGGGGGGAGAACAUUGAAUAUACCAGUAAGGGAAUACAAUUGUCCCUUUAUCCAGUCAUUUAGAUUAAAAUAUAGUGCUCCUGGUGUAUAUAUAUUUACAGAUGGCAUCCCUGUCGUUUGAUUCCUCCGUUUGACAUUCACAUUUUUUUUAUCACUUUUGAUGUAAAUAAUUUUAGUCCAACUUAUUGUUUGCAAAGGAAAAAAAAAAAACAUUGAGAAUGUUGACACAAAUGUGAAAUUACCUGGUUAUCAAACUGUAUAUUAUAUAUAUGAAAAAAUGUCUAUGAUGUAUUAAUAAAUUGACAAAAAAAUGGU